GAGAUCAGCACACAUGUCGUGUAAAGAUAUCUCAUGAUGUCAUCUAUGUUGAUUGAUCUUCUUUGUCCUUGAAAAGACGCAUCAUCAACACACAUUUGUCGUCAUUUGUGGAUGUGAUACCAGAAAAUUACGGACCUCUCAGCUUUCAACGCGGCAUAUGCAAAAGCCUACCAAUAACUUUUUGUAGAUACUGUUCUGCUGGAUCAGUCAAAAGAUGGCUGGGAAAGGAAAGGGAAAGGGCAAGGGCAAAGGCAAAGGCAAAAAGCCGGUGGUCAAUGAGAACCUUCCGUUAGAAGAGAUGACCGAGGAGCAACUGACAGAGCGCAUCGCCAAGAUAACAGGGGAGCUCGGCCGCAUCCAGGAGGAGAAAAAGAGCUUCCAGUUGAUGAGGGACCAGGUCACAGCCUUCUGGGAGAUCUCCAAGGGAAAGCUCCAGGACGUGAAGGACAAGCUGAGGGAGGGCAGCAUCGCGCGAGACGAGGCCAAGAUGCGCAACCGGGUGAAGGUGGCGAAGUACCAGCAGAAAGUCCGGCACCUGGAGUCUGAGUGUCAGAGCAACAUCUCCCAGCUGAAGCUAGACAAGGCGAGUUACUCUUCCCUCCAUGACAACAAGCGCUUCGAGAUGGAGCAGGGCGCCCUGAAUGAGAUCCGCAGUCUGCAGGUGGAUCUCAGUGAGAAAGAGCUCCACAGCCAAAACCACAUCGAAGAGCUGAAGUUUGAACAGGCGUUCGAACUGGUGGACAUUAGAGUCCCGCACGACUGGAGGACGGUGGAGCUGGAAGCCAAACACAACGCCGAGAUCCUCCCGAUGAUCGAGGCGUCGGAAAAAAAGCUGGAGGCCGAGAUCAACAUUCUGGACACGCAGAUGCAAAUACGUCUGGAGACGCUGAAGAAAGAACAUGACGGCGCCUUCCGACUGGCGCUUCAGCUGAGUUCAGAUUUUUACCAAGCCCACAUGGAGGAGAUUUGCCUGCUGGAGAAACAGCUGACCACGCUGAUGUGCCAGGGUGUGGUGCGCCAGCUGUCCUCGGCUCACAAGCAGCCGUCGUGUCCCCAUGAGAGCCUUCAACAGGACAAGAAGAAGCUGCAGGAGCUCCACAAGCAGCUGGAUAAGCACAACGAGGACAAGGCUAUGAGGGACGCCAGCGAAGCUCGCGUGAAAGUGCUGGAAGACGAACUGGAGGAGUUGUCCGUUAAGCACGGGAGGCUGCUUGAGGAUCUCCAUUUCAAGGAGCUGGAGCAGGAGAACCUGCUCAGGAAGCAGGCGGAGGCUCUCCUGGAGGCACAGCAUCGAAAUGGACUGAGGAAGAGGCAACUGAAGAUGAAAGUGGAAGCUGUGAGCGAAACGCUGGAGAAGCUUGAGAUGAGCCUCAGCAUGUAAAAUUGUUGACGUGGUUAGACGUUUUGAAUGGAUGCACAGUUGGCCUGGUGGAACUGAAAGGGUUGACCACGGUCAGAGGAACUCGGUGGUACACAUUGACAGGAGGAAGCGGACAUCUACUAUUGAUCGACUUCGGAUGGCUUCUUGAUGCAGUUUCAAAUCUUUACUAUCAGAUCUGGAACACGCUGAUGUCCUACUGAUGGAAUUGGAGGAAUUCUCAGCUUUUGCUCAGACUAUCUGCUCCGCAACCAGGACCAGGACAAGUAAGGGUGGUGCAGUAGUGUUUUCACACCUGCUGCGGUGUUAGAACACACUUUUGAGAGCCUAAGAAUAGAAACAUACAUGUGUAAAAUUAAAAAGCUUUAUGUUCAAAA